UUCUCUUUUUUUUCUUCAUAUUUUUCUAAAUUUAGUUCCAUAAUUUUUCCUCCUUCAAUUCAUUCUAAUUUUAAUUUCCAAAUUAUCACUGAUCAAUAUUUUCUCCUAACUUUCAUUCAUCAAUUUUAGUUUCUCCUUAAUCAGGAAGAAAUUUGAGUAAAAUCUUCUUCCUGGUGAACUUUCCCUGCAACAAGAAAAAUGUCAACGGUUAACCUAUUAUGGUUAAGAAUUGAAAGAUUGCAUAAAGGGUCAAUUUAUUUGUCUGAUUAAUUUUAGAAACCUGUGGUGGAUCAGUUUUUAAUCAAUGGAGGAAGUUGAAAACAAACCAACCUCCUCAAGAAAUGCUGAACAAACUCCUCAAGCCGAAACCUCUCAAGAAAAUACUGAUAUUAUAGCUCCGAUCGAUAAUCAAUCUUCCAUUGAAGCUUCCAUCGACUCACUCGGUGAUAACAAAAUACCGGAACAUGAUAUCACUCAUUCUCCAGCUGUGACCGAUUUCCCUGAAGUAGAAUCGAACUCAACGAAUGUUUCCGUUGAUCAACCUAUAAAACAAGAUGAAUAUCUUACAACAGAUAAUUCAACUUCAACCUCACAAGAAAUGGAACACAUCCACCAAGGAACUAUAGCUGCAGAUAUCAAUAACAGACAACAAGACGGUGGUUCAACUGUUACUGCUAGCGGCGACAACGUUGAUAAUCUUAUUACGGAGCCCUCAACAUCCUCUUCUAUAACAAAAGAGUUUCCGAUUGAACCUAUAGAUUCACCUCGAGACGGAGUUAUUGACGCACCUCAAGAAAACUUAGUUUCAACCUCAAAUUCUGAAGUUCAUGUAGCAGAAGAAAGUCAUCAAGAACCUGUAGUUGCAGAAUCCGAAUCAGGAUCUUUAGAAGAUAUAGUGAACACGGAGAAGGAUGGUGAUUCUACUGUCAGUGUUGUCGAUAAUCAGAUUGAACAUGGAUCCGGAUCUUUAGAAGAUAUAGUGAACACGGAGAAGGACGGCAAUUCUACUGUCAGUGUUGUCAAUAAUCAGAGUGAACAUGGAUCUGGAUCUUUAGAAGAUUUAGUGAAGAUGAAGAAGGAUGGUGAUUCUACUGUCAGCGUCGUUGAUAAUCAGAUUGAACCAUCGGCUUCGUCGUCUGAAAAAAUAGAGUUGCAGAAUGAUAGCAAAGAACUAAAUGUAAAUUUCAAUGAAGUCAAGGUUUCGGAUGUUGCUGGUGAAGGUGUUGACUCACCUACAAACGAGAAGAAAAUCGAGGAAAAAAGAGGUAUAAUUGAUACAGCAUCUCCAUUCGAAUCUGUUAAAGAAGCUGUUUCUAAAUUCGGAGGAAUCGUCGAUUGGAAGGCUCAUAGAAUGGUGACCGUCGAGCGGCGCAAGCAAGUUGAACAAGAGCUUGAAAAAGCACACGACGAGAUUCCGGAGUACAGGAAAAUAUCGGAGGCGGCUGAACAAGAAAAAGUUCAAGCACUUCAGGAGCUUGACACUACAAAAAGACUAAUAGAAGAACUAAAACUCAACCUAGAGAGAGCACAGACCGAAGAGCAUCAAGCAAGACAAGACUCGGAACUCGCAAAGCUUAGAGUGGAAGAGAUGGAGCAAGGUAUUGCCGAAGAUUCCAGUGUGGCAGCCAAGGCGCAGCUUGAGGUCGCGAAAGCCAGGUAUACGGCUGCCAUUACCGAGUUUUCAUCGGUGAAAGAAGAGCUUGAUGCAUUGCGUGUGGAAUACGCUUCCUUAGUUGAUGAAAAAGGUGAAGCUAUUAACAGAGCCGAAGAGGCUGUUGCUGCGUCAAAGCAAGUAGAAAGGUCGGUAGAAGAUUUGACAAUCGAGCUGAUUGCCACAAAAGAGUCUUUGGAAACCGCACAUUCUGCGCAUAUGGAAGCAGAAGAACACCGAAUAGGAACCGUCAUGGCAAGAGAUCAAGAUUUACUCAAUUGGGAGAAGGAACUUAAACAAGAAGAGCAAGAAUUAGAAAAACUCAACCAGAAAAUUUUGUCGGCCGAGGAUCUUAAAUCUAAGCUGAGUAAAGCUUCUACGCUGCUUCUCGAUUUGAAAUCCGAAUUAAAUGCGUAUAUGGAAUCAAAGUCAAACCAAGAAUGCGGCAAUGAAGAAGGAGUCUCGAAAGCGGAACAGGACAAAAAAUCACACAACGAAAUACAAGAAGCAAUUGCAUCGGCUAAAAAGGAACUUGAGGAAGUAAAGCUUAACAUAGAGAAAGCUACUUCUAAGGUAAAUUACUUAAAGGUGGCUGCAACAUCGUUAAGAUCAGAACUCGAACAAGAGAAAUUGUCGCUCGCGUUGAUUAGGCAAAGAGAAGGAAUGGCUUCCGUUACAGUCGCGUCUAUUGAAGCCGAGCUGAACAAAACCAAAACGGAAAUCAGUUUCGUUCAUAUGAAGGAAAAAGAAGGCAGAGAGACAAUCCUUGAAAUGCCGAAGAAACUAAAAGAAGCGGCCGAAGAGGCUAAUAAGGCCAACUUGCUUGCCGAAGAAGCUCGCGAAGGGCUUAGAAGAAUAAAGGAGGAAGCCGAACAAGCCAAGGCGAGUGCAAGUACCAUGAAUAGUAGAUUACUUGCAGCUCAAAAAGAGAUCGAAGCUGCAAGAGCUUCUGAAAGGUUGGCGAUAAAAGCAAUUAAAACAUUGCAAGAGAGCGAAUCGGCUAGAAGCAACAACAAAAAAGAAGUGGAUUCAUCGAACGGUGUGAAACUAUCGGUCGAGGAGUACUAUAAUCUUACCAAACAAGCUCAUGAAGCAGAAGAAGAAGCCAAUGUGAGAGUUGCGACCGCGAAUUCUGAGAUUGAUAUAGCUAAGGAGAACGAAUCGAAAACCUUGGAGAAGUUGAAUGAAGUGAACAAAGAAAUGGCUGCUAGAAGAGAAUCUUUGAAGAUUGCAAUGGGGAAAGCCGAGAAGGCAAGGGAAGGAAAAUUAGAUGCAGAACAAGAAUUAAGAAAGUGGAGAGCCGAACACGGGCAACGAAGAAAAGCCGGCGAAACAGUCCAAAAAGCAGUAAACCCGAACACAAGCCAUAGUGGUAAACUCGAACAAAAUAAUAGGGGAAAUAUUUCUCAUGGACAUCACUUUUCAAGUCAAAAGUCUUAUGUUCGUGCGAACAAUGAAAAUGGAUCUUCGCCGGAUGGGAAAAACGGAAAGAAGAAGAAAAAGUCGUUUUUUCCGCGGGUUUUUAUGUUCUUUGCAAGAAGAAAAUCACAUUCAACUCAUUAAGGGUAAUCACUUCUUUUUGAGAAACUACAAUGCAUUGUUAUGUAUUGAAAGAGUAUACCAUACAGUCCAUACUUGUAUAUGUUAGUGAUUUUGCAGUAUUGUGAAUGGUUUUCCAUUAAGUUCAUCAACCUUGGUGAGAAAAGAACAAAAAAAAAAAGAAAAAAGAAAAAGAAUGUUUCUGUAUUGUGUAUAGCCGUUUUGGCUUCUGUAAAGAUCUGUGUGAAAUUAUACCUGAUUAAAGGUACUUUUUGAGUUUGAUAUUUCAA